UCUUGUUGCAUUUGACAAAUGCUACUGGUUGGACUGUUGUUUUGCUUUUCACAUGCCAGACGUGAUUGUGGCUCGUAAAUAAUUUUAGUUGAUAAUAGCAUAUAUAUAUUUUAAUCAAACGUUCCCGUAAACCAAACAAUGUCGAUAAAGAAGCGUGUGCAGCAAUGGGCUACCUUCGCUCGAACAUGGCAUAUCUAUGAUUGUACCUGGCAGAAUCCCUUCGAGUCGGCCAGUCUUAUUCGGAAGUACUUGAUGGGUUUGCAUAAACCAAUAUAUCACCCAAUGAAUGAUUGCGGUGAUCAUGUUGUGGUAAUCAAUACAGCUGAGCUGGCCCUACCUGGUGAUGAGUGGAAGAAACGAGCAUAUUUUCACCACACCGGCUACCCAGGAGGAGCGAGUUGGACUUUAGCAUGGGAGUUACAUCAAAAGGAUCCCACGAUGAUUAUGAAAAAGUCGGUUUAUAGAUCGAUGCAUGGGAAUCUCCAACGCCGGUACACUAUGCAGAGGCUUCAUCUGUUCAAAGAUGAUAACGUGCCGAAAGAGAUACUUGAAAACGUGACGAACCAAAUUCGGCAACCGCGCCGUGUUCCAGAACGAUUGGAUCGAAUGGAUCCGGAAGUGGUGGAAAACUUCCCAAAACUGUUCGAUUAUCCCAAGGAUUAUGUGCUACGGUAAUGUACUCGCCGAUAUUGAAAUGCAAAUGUAAAGUUGGAAAUCGUC